AUGGCGAGCAAGGCGGUCACCAUCGGCGAUCUGAUCCACCGCGUCGCCUCCUCCUGCCUCUCCAACCGCUUCCCGGGCAACUACGCCCACCACGGCUCCGACCUCGACGACGACGACGACGACGACCCCUUCGCCGACUUCGGGGACGCCGCCACCCACGAGGAAUGCCCGCGCCCCGCGGUCCGCGCGGGCGCGGAGGAGGGCGACGACGAGGCCCGGAGGCUCAGGAUCUGGGAGGAGGGGGAGGAGCAUAAGAGGCGGACCAAGAAUGCCGCGGCCGCCGAGGAGGAGGCGGAGGGGGCCGAGCGGGCGGGCGACGCGGAGUCCCUCAUGGCGGAGGUGUUCGACGCCGUCUCCGGCGUGCGCCGCGCGUACGCGGCGCUCCAGGGCGCGCACUGCCCCUGGGACCCCGACCGGAUGCGCGCCGCCGACGCCGGCGUCGUCGCCGAGCUCCGCCACCUCGCGCGCCUCCGCGACCGCUUCCGCCGCGCCGCCGCCAGCCCGGGCGGCCGCAUCCCGCGCCCGAGCCCCUCCGCGCCGCCGCUCCGCGAGGCCGUCGCGCCCUACGAGGCCGCGCUCGACGACCUCCGCCGCCAGCUCCAGGGCAAGCAGGCCGAGGUGGACGGCCUCAAGGAGAAGCUCGCCACCGCAACAAACCGCCGCAACGCGCGCCUCCACCCCUCCAAGAAGCACCACCACACCCUCGCGGCCGCCCCCGCCGCGGAGGUCGGCGCGGCGACGGCGGAGCUGUUCGUCGCCUGCGCGGAGCAGGCCCGCGCGGCGACGCGUGCGUUCGCGGCGCACCUGCUCCACCUCCUCCGCGCGGCGGGGCUGGACCCGGCGGCGGCCACCCGGUCCGUCACCAAGAUCCCGGUCUCCUCCCCGCAGCUCGCCAAGCACGCGCUGGAGGCGCACGCGACGGCCGUCCUGCUCGGCGGCUUCGAGCACGAGUCCUUCUACCUGGACGGCUCCCUCUCCUCCCUCCUCGACCCGGCGGCGUUCCGGCGGGAGCGGUACGCGCAGUUCCGCGACAUGCGCGGCAUGGACCCCGGCGAGCUCCUGGGCGUGCUCCCGACGUGCGCCUUCGGGCGGUACGCCGCCAGCAAGUUCGCGUCCCUGCUCCCGCCGCGCGUGGAGGAGGCCGUCCUUGGUUCCGACGAGCACAAGAAGGCCGUGGGCGCGGGCGCGCACCCGCGCACGCCGUUCUACGGGGAGUUCCUGCGGGCGGCCAAGGCGGUGUGGCUGCUGCACCUGCUGGCGUUCGCGCUGGAGCCGCCGCCCAGCCACUUCGAGGCCGGGCGCGGCGCCGAGUUCCACCCGGAGUACAUGGAGAGCGUGGCCGGGCCCGCGCCGCGCGGCGCCGGCAUGGUGGUCGGGUUCGCGGUGGCGCCGGGGUUCAAGCUGUGCAACGCCGCGGUGGUGCGCGCCCGGGUGUACCUCGUGCCCCGCGGCGGCAGCCGACAGUGA